UCUGCAAAUGAAUAAAUUCGAGUUCGACACAGGUUUGACGUUUCGCGCAUUUUUCUGGGUCAAAGAAUAAUAAACCAUAACACCAUAAUCACAAUUGCUUGCGAAGACACGUACUCUUUGGCAGUUCGGUUAAUUUUGAUUCUGACAGAUCUUGAUAACUUCUUUAAAUUGUCAUUGUCAGUUGCUUAAGUGUUGUUUUACACUUUGAAUUUCGUCGCAAACCGUGUGUUUUAAUUUUAUUAUUAUACAUGUGGGUUAAACGGAGCAAAAAAGGAUAUAGUAUAUACUGAGGUGUUUGUGCUUCUGGUGGUCUUAGUUAUAAGUAAUAACAAUGAGUUUUAAAGACUUUAAUUUUGACCACAAUGAUUUUGAUGUUGAAGUAUCAGAUUUACAAGAGCUUAGUUCGGUCUUGGACUCAAUCAGCCCCUCAAAUACUGCUUCAACAUCUCAAAUUGCGUAUCCAGCGAGCAAUGCCUACUCUGCUGAACCAGAUUAUUCAAAAAUUGACGAAGCAUUAUCUCUGAAUAGGUUAGCCGACGAAAAGUUACGUAGAUUGGAAAAAAUCCUUACGUUACGAUUAAAUGAAUGCAAUUAUAAACUAAAAAGCAUUGAAUCUAAAUACAAGAGAAAUAAAUAUUUUGAUAAAAAUGAAUCAUUCAAAUAUGUAGCCUGUGGAAAACCAUAUUUUAAAGAUAAAUCAAAUUUCACUCCCCCUCAUAAUAAAGACACAAUUACUAUGUUGAAUAAUGGAAUGUACAAUUUCUCAACAAUAACUACAGUUCCUGGCUGGACAGUAAGAGAUAAAAGUCACUUUCUUGACAUGGUUCAUAAAGUCUCACUGGACAUCCUUAAGAAAAGAGUUGAAACAAAGAUAACUGAGUUAAAUCGUGAAAAGAAAUUAAAUCCUGACAUUAAAAUUAAUAAAAAGCUAGAUGUAUUAAAACAUGAAAUUGUUCUUGUUAGCAAGAUGACAUUGAAGGAAUCUGCAUUACCAUUAAAUGAAGACUAUGAUUGGGAUUUCAUAGCUAAUAAACUAAAUGAUCGCCAUUCUUCACAAGAAUAUGAAGCUCUGUGGAAAUUAUUUUUACAUCCUGAUAUUAAUAAAAACACUUGGUCCAAAAAUGAGCAUACAUCAUUACAAAAAAUAGCCUUUAGUAAUAACUUUCAGAAUUGGGAAGACAUAGCGACUAGACUGGGGACAAAACGAACUGGCUAUCAGUGUUUCGUCUAUUUCCGAACAAAUAUGAACAACACAUUCACUGGUCAAAAAUGGACGAAAGAAGAAGAGGAAUACUUGAAAAGAUUAAUUGAUUAUUAUAGAGAAGAUAAAUACAUUCCUUGGGGUAAAGUGGCAACAUCGAUGGAAAAUAGAACUAAAAUACAGGUAUACAAUAAAUAUAAUAGACUCAUUGAACAACGAAAAGGAAGAUUUUUACCUGAAGAGGACACUGUAAUUCUCACAUGUGCAGACCAAUUUGGACUUGAUUUUAAGAGAAUGACAAAUUACUUACCUGGACGUUCAUUAGGACAAAUACGUAUACGGUAUCAAAUAUUAGCAAAGAGAAGAGUUUCAACUGUGUGGACAGUAGAGGAAGAUAAUAAACUAGUUCAAUUACUAGCAAACAAAGAAACGCCUACCAUAUAUUCAGAUCUCACUAAAUAUUUCCCUGGUAAAGAUAGAAUGAAUAUAAGAAGUAGGCAUAUGACACUUGUAAAAUGGAUGAAACACAAUCCAAAUUGUGAUGUUUCAAGCGCACCAAGGCGAGCAGCACGUCGAUUGGGUCACGGACAACCAUCUGAUACCAAUUUACACAAGGCAAUUGAAAACUUAAAGAACCGAAUUAAGACAGAAGUGGAAGAACGCAAAUGCAAAAAAAUUACAGUAAACUCACCGGAAAACGUUAUUGAAGAUGGUAUUAUGGCAAUAUUAGUUACACAAAUCACAAAAGAUGAAGAAGCUAAGAGAUUGCAAGAAUCACAAAAUGAAGUAUUGGAAUUCUUAGAAGACGUUAACAUCUCACCGAAGUGUUUAAAUUCAACAAAUAUGAAAAAGCUACUUAUAUUAUUUAAAUCUAAGUUGAAUAAAAAAAAACUAGAAGCUAGUAAGUAUAGUAAGAGAUUUCCUGAUUUAAUUGAAGGUAAGCAAGAAGUAUGUCUAGUAAGAAAGAAAUCUUAUUCGAAAAAAGAUCGUGAAAAAAUGGUUGUAAAGAAAAUUCCAGAUAUAUUUGGAACAAAUACAUUAGACAAUUUAGAAUAUGUUCUGCCACCCCAUUAUGCUACUAUUAUAGGCUGCAGACAAUUAAUGUUAUGGGUAUCGGAAAAUAAAAAUAACAAAGUGUGCGAUAUUAAUCUGAAUGUUUUAAUGAGAAAAAAUGUUCUAUUAAAAAACCAUUUCUUUCACUUACUGGAAAGAUUUAAUUCACUGUUUGUGUGGCCUAUGUUACUUUCUAAUGAAUCCCCGCAUUUGAAUAGUGUUAAUGAGAACACUUUUAGUAUAAGCAAACCUUUGCUUAGUACCGGUGGCUCUACAGUAAAAAAUGAUAUUCUUAACCCUAGUGAAGAUCAGGUGAUAAGUAAUCAUACUAAAGUGGAAGAAUCAAAUAAUUCUGAAGAUGAAUGAAGGUUGUCAUAUUUUAACUGUACUGAAUCUAUUUGAUAGUGUUGAGGGCUCCUGUGCUAUCAACAAUAUCAAGUAGAUGAAAUGUAAUUACAAAUACUGCUAUGAGAAGAUUAAGAAUAAAAAAGGUUGUGAAAAAUUUAAGCCAACUUCAUGUCCACCAUUUUAAAUUCCUGUUCUAUUUAAAAAUACAAAAUGUAGCGGCCUGGCUAAAUGUAAUAACAAAUGUUUUUAAGAACAUCUUGAAUUUAUUGUAUUAUAUUUUUGUUUGUUAGGUAGAAAAUGUAUGAAUUUCCUAAGAAUUGUACAAUGAAGGGUUACACACAUUUUCAUUAAUAUAUGCAUGUAUAUGAAUGGUUUACAAUGGACUUAUGGAUAAAACAUCAUUUAUCAAAAAUCUAUUAAUCACAACUAAUCAAGUUUGCCAUAUGAAAAUCUGCUUGUGUUAAAAUACGUAUAUGGUUAUAACACAAAUAUUUCGAUGGCUUCCUAGCUUUAAAUAUAUUUAACUUGAGGCUGAGAACACUUUAUGUAAAUGAUGUGAGUUCGAUUUUAAAUUAAUGUCUAAAUGCAGUGGAAACUUGUAUCUUUUAUUGAAAUAAUGGUUUUUGUUAUAUAUUCUUUUUAAGCCAU